AUGGGCUCCAACAUGGCGUUUGAGAUGGCCAACAUCUCCACCGCUCAGAAUGCGCUGCCCCAGGUAUGGCCUGCCAACCAUGCCCAGUCUCAAAGCUACUUGCUGGCGUCCUUGAUGAGGUUUUCAUUAUGGCAGUAUGCAGUGACUAUUACAAUUGCCAUACUAGUUUAUGAUCAGGUGAUGUAUAUCAAACGAAAAGGCUCUAUAGCUGGACCUCCACUCAAGAUUCCGCUCAUGGGCCCAUUUAUACAAGCCCUGCACCCGAAGUUUGAGGGGUAUCUUGCACAGUGGGCAAGUGGACCACUCAGCUGUGUGUCUGUCUUCCACAAAUUUGUUGUUCUAGCCUCCGACAGAGACAUAGCCCACAAAGUGUUCAAGUCGCCCGCAUACGCCGAGCCAUGUAUAGUGCCGGUCGCAAAGGAUAUCCUAGGUCACAAAGCAUGGGUCUUCCUUCAGGAGAAGGUGUUAGCUGAUUACUUCGGCAAGUUUGUCGCCACCAGCAAGGCGAAUCGGGGACAGCCUCAGGAAUUCAUGACUAUGUUCCGCGAGAUCAACUGCGCACUUUCAUGCCGCACAUUUUUCGGCGAUUAUAUCUCCCAGGCUGCGGUCAAGAAGAUUGCAGAUGACUUCUACCUUGCUACGGCUGCCCUUGAGCUAGUCAAUGUGCCUUUGUCGCUAUACAUUCCGUUUACCAAGCCCUGGCUCGGAAAGCGCACAGCCGACGCCGUCCACGCCGAGUUUGCAAAAUGCGCAGCUGCAUGCAAAGCAAACAUGGCGACUGGUGCGACACCAACGUGCAUCGUAGACCAUUGGGUGCUCCACAUGAUGGAAUCCAAGCGAUAUCACGAAAGAAUCGCCGCAGGGGAGACAGACGCCAAGAAGCCAACGAACAUAAUCCGCGAGUUCACGAAUGAGGAAAUCGGAGAGACGCUGUUUACUUUCCUCUUUGCUUCUCAGGAUGCGUCGAGUAGUGCCACGACCUGGCUAUUCCAAAUCCUCGCCCAGCGGCCCGACGUGCUCGAUAAAUUGCGCCAAGAAAAUCUGGACGCUCGCGGUGGAGAUAAAAACAAGUCUUUUGAUCUUCCCAUGCUCGAGUCACUCACCUACACCAAUGCAGUUAUCAAGGAGCUUCUCCGCCACCGUCCACCCGUUAUUAUGGUCCCAUAUCUGGCAACGAAGGAUUUUCCUGUCACGCCUAACUAUACCGUCCCUAAGGGCUCCAUGAUCGUCCCGUCAUGUUAUCCGGCUUUACAUGACCCGAAUGUUUACCCUAAUCCUGAUCACUUCGAUCCCGAGCGUUGGAUCUCCGGGGAUGCCGGGUCCAAGACUAAGAAUUGGUUAGUAUUUGGCGCGGGACCACACGAUUGCCUCGCAAAGAAAUACGUGCCGCUGUCUAUGGCUGGCAUGAUAGGGAAAGCCGCGCUGGAACUUGACUGGAAGCAUCAUGCCACGGACAAAUCAGAGGAGAUUCGAGUUUUUGCUACCCUAUUUCCCAUGGAUGGUUGCCCGUUGGUGUUUACGGAACGUUCAUAG